AUGAGGGAUACCUACUAUUACAAAAAAAAUAGAAGGAAUCUCAUUGUGACGCUCCUUCACUUCCAUGGCGUACUCAUCGCAUGCGGAGCAUUCUCUCUCUCUACCGCAAUCUUCUUCGCCUAUCAUUUGGGGUACUUUUCCACCUUUCUCGUAUACCUUCCGUUUGCGAUAGUAUGCGUACCGGCGCUGGCGAUAUUCGACGCCGCACAUAUCUCUACUUGGACUCGGUGGACGCCACAGAGAAGAACACGAUUCCGACUGUGCUUUCUAUGGUGUCUCUUCCUCCUCCUCGCACCGACCUACCCUUCCUCUUCUUACCUCCACCAUGGCGCCCCCAUAUCUUCCGUUCCCUCGAACGGCACGUACUACAUCGCGGCCAAUCUAUAUAAUUCAGCAAAGGUCCUACCCGCGUGGACGAAGGAGAUGAAGCUCCUCGUCGACCACAUUGGCCGACAGAACGUCUUCGUAUCGAUCUACGAGUCGAAUUCUGUGGACGGGACGCAAGAGAUUCUGCGUAUGUUCCAGAAGGAACUCGAUGAGCGGGGUAUCGGCAACCAUGUAGUGCUGCAGGGAGGCAUAAGGAAUAGGUGGGGGCUGAACAGCCCCGAACGGAUCUCCUACAUGGCGGAUAUCAGGAACAAGGCCCUGGAGCCUUUGCGCGUCCUGGGCGACCAAGAGGGGAAGACCUUUGCAAAAGUCUUAUUUUUUAACGAUGUUUUCUUUGACUGGAGAGCUAUUGUACGAUUAAUCAAUACGAAGGAGGGAGAUUAUGACCUUGCUUGUGCUCUUGACUUUGACGGAGUGGGGUUGUAUGAUACUUGGGUGGUCCGCGACGCUUGCGGACGGACAGCGAAAGAAGUCUGGCCAUACUUUUCGGACUCCCGGGCUGUCAAAAGCCUCCGGAAAGGUGAACCUAUCAACGUUGCCAGUUGUUGGAACGGAGUGGCUGUUUUUGACGCGGCGUGGUUUCUUGCGGAUUCGUUACCCAGUCAGCCCCAGAAUCACUCUCAGUUAGACCGCAGCGCGCCAACACCAACGGGAGAUUAUCUCCCCCCACUACCGCUGCGGUUCAGAGGCAGCACGGAAUGCACGUCGUCAGAGUGUUAUCUUAUAGCCCUUGACAUGCAUUUCUGGAACACUCCCCACCGGCCGAAAAUAUAUAUUAACCCUCAAGUUAAUGUUGCCUAUGAUUCACUGAACUUUCUCUUUCACACAGAGUUAGAACACUUGACGUUGUCAACACCAUGGCGGGUGAUAUGGCAGGAUUGGAUUGGACACAGGAUGUUCGGCUGGCUGAGCGACUGGAUUUGGCUCAAGGAGGAUAGGUGCUCCAGUAAACACGGCUCGGAAGGCUUCGUAGAGAUGGACUAUUGUAGGUGAGAUUGCUACCAUUCGUACAUUACGUCUUCGCAUCUAUGCACACCACCAAUCCGUUGUUGUAGGGCAGACUAAUUCUCACUCAUGUCUGAAACACCUGGCGUACAUCUAAGCGUGUGGGUACAGAAGCUAACGUAAACCCUAGGCAUUG